CGAAAAUCCAAAAGCACUAUAUAUGUCGUCAUUUAACGGACAGCUUAUAUUAAUUACUGCAACUCCAACAAAAGGCACGGGUUGACGACUCACUGCCACAAAGUGAAUUCUAUAUUCGGCGGAUGAUCUGCUGAUACUGAUCGCCAAUUGAGCAAACCUCGAAGAAAGAUGACAAAAGUGGCCGCCUAGUUCUUUGUUUUCUGAUACAUGUUGAUUUAGUUUUCCUCCCUUCCGACUUGGUAAGAAAAUUUUUUUCUUUCCUUUUCUUUCAAUUCUAGUUUUUUCCCAGAGGGUUUGUAACGUCUUUGAAUUUUUCUUGCUUUUACAUCUAUUAUUGAAGCGGUAGUUACGAGUAUAUUCUUAAACCUCGCUAUACUACUCAAUUUAUAUAUUUUUGUAUCCACAAUAACCGCUACUAACUGACCUUUGAAUGUCAAGAUAACAGCGGGAGGCGAUGAUUCUUUGUCGAUUUUCUCGAAUUAAAACGAACUUUAAUCAGCUUUAACCAUUUUUUAUUAUGCAAAAAGAAGACAAUCUUUUUCAUCUAUUAAUCAACACUCUCGCCUGAAGGGCAUAUUGGCUACUAUCCAUCGUACAACUUUGUUUUCUCUGCCAGAUGCUAAAAUGCAUAGCCUUGUCCUUGUACCAAUAUAGUUUAGAACGCACUGGAAUAUACAUCUAUGUUUAUUCCGCACUCCAUUUUGGCCCUUUCAAUUAAUUAAGGAAGAAGAGCUGUUAUUGAAACAAAUCGAUUGUGCUGACCAGAAUGAGCAGCUGAAUAAUUUAAUAUUUAAUUUGUCCAUAAAAAUUAAAUAUAAAAAAACGUAUCAAAUUUACAUAGAUAUAUAGGAAUACUUGAAUUGACCGAAUUUGGCUUAAACUAUACCAUAAUUUGAAAUUAGGUUCUAAAAAUAUUUUUUGUUGUUCCAUGCAGUGCGAUCUCAAAGAAAUGACUUUCGGCUAAAUUUUAAAGUUGGCGCAUUCUCAGUCUCCGACGUCUUGUUCGAUUCAAAAACACGACGUAGGAGCAAAAAAAGAAAAAAAAAAAGGUUUUCCAUUUUAACGUACAAAAUCUGUGAUGUACGACUUUUCGUGUAGUGUUGUUUGUUUAGUGUCGUUUUUUUUUCUUUUUGUUUUUUUAAAUUUAAUAUUUAGUCAUCAGUUGAUGGAUGCGAUUGUUUUAUUUCACUGAACUACAUAAAAAAUAAUAAUUGUUUAAUGUCAUUGAAACUAAACUCGUGCAACUCAUUGAAACUCGUGCAAUUCAGUAGGCUACGUACAUGGCGCAGCGACGAAGAAGGAUCUUUAUUUUAUUUUAUUUUAUUAUUUUGCCACACAAACCAAACGUAGAAAGUAUUUUGUCUUUAGGCGGCUCCAGUAACAGACUACUAUUCGAUCCACUAUUAUAAGAUCAGAAGAUGUCGGCCUAACACUGAUGGUGGCAGUAGUAACAUCAUAGUGCGUUCAAAGUAAAUUGACACAUUUAUAUCCACUGUGGAUCACGACAGCCCCCUUUAGGUUAUUGCUAAAUCUUUGUAAGUGAAAUCAAGAGAGAAUACCCCAUUCUCUCUUGGUGGAAUAUAUUAUAUUACGCCAUUAUAGGAAGAAAAAUACAUGUAUGUCAAAAAACCAAUCGAGUUAUCUUUCUUUCGCCAUCAUGGAUUCUCUCUUGUUGUUAUACAUAUUUUUAAAAUUCAUUCCUCCUUUUACCCUCAACGGGGGGAAACCAGUGGUAGCAUCGCCCAAUGUCGGCUGUUUUCUCAGGCUAGCUCUGUUUUGUUUUGUUUUGUUUUUGUUUUCUUCUAAUAAAACACGCAUGAUAACGAGUGGAAGUCAAUCAUUUUUCCCCAUGUGAGAUUAUCCAGAUUCCAGAAUCUGGAAAAAUUUUUCCUUUUGGAAUCCGGAAUCCUGGGCUUCGGAAUCUGAAAUUCAGCUCAAUGAAUCAGGAAUAUCGCUAACUAUUGGAAUCCAGAAUUCAAGUUCCACUGACAAGGAAUCCGGCCCCUGGAAUCCAAAAUCCAAGACUGUCCUGGAUUUAUUGGCAUAGGGCGAAAAAUCGUUUUAAAUCCAGGGUAGAGGCCCGGGGGGCCCGCCCCCCGUUACUUUUAGACCAAAAUGAGGCUCGAAAGGCCAAAAUAAAUUUCUUUGAGAUCGGGCUCCCACCUUAUCUCAGGGUCUCGAUAUGGUACACAAAUGUUUUAUGAUCAAUAAGGGUGUACGAUAAUUAUUUCUUGCAAGCAUGUAGUCAGUCUGCAGACUUUACUACGUUUCUUUCAGUUGUCGAUACUUCGAUUAAGGGACAUGUUUGGAAAUUUGACAAUUUUGGCAAUAGGCCUUUUGCAUUAGUUGAUAACGAGAUUAACUUUAUGUAAACACAACAAAAGUUCGCUUUUAAAAAACUUUGUUAGCAGGAACUGAAAGAGCAUAUUAAAAUUAGGUAACCUGUAAAUUUUCAGCGCCGUAUAUUUCAAAAGUAGUGAUUGCAACGGCCGCCGAAAACUAGAAGGAUUCGUGUUGGAAAAACAACUCUUGCCAACCAGUCACGCUUAACUGGGUUUCCAUACAGACUGUCAUAAGCAUUUCCUUAAGCAUUAUGGGGCUCAAAUCUCUUUUUUAUUUAUAACAGGCAAUUUGAGCCCUUAGAUGAGUAAGGGAAAGAUUAAGCGACAGUUAAAUUUACAAGGAUUUGUACACAAUACCACUCAAGCGUGACUGACAGGAGUUGUUUUUCUUGUUUUUCAUACAAAUCCUUCCAAUUUUCAGCGGCUGUUGCAGUCGCUCCUUUUAAGAUAUACGGCUGAAAAUUUACAGGGCCGAGUUGUUCAAAGCUGGGUUAAGAUAACCAAGAGUUAGUGCGAGAUUUGAAUUCAGAUUUGAAAGCUUAAAAAGCGUUUCAGUCUUAAUUCUUUUGGUCUACAAGUUAAUGAUUGGAAGCUCUAAAAAUACCGGAGAAAUUAUAUCAGAAAAUGCUUUUGAACACAAGAAAAAAAAAACCGGGUUAAAUUUAACCCCGUGUUAAGCGCUAAUCGGCCUUCGAACAACCGGGCCAGGGUUACUAAAUUGCUCUUUCAGUUCCUGCUAACAAAAUGUUUCAAAAGCGAACUGUUUUCAUGUUUACAGAAAGUAGAUCAAGUGACUAACCAUUGCAAAGGGCCUAUUGCUUUUCUUCUAUUUAUUUACUUAUUUUUGGUCUACCAAUGACUUUAUUAUUGCUCUUUUUCGUAGAAUGAAUUCCAGCAAUCAAACAACAACACCUAUAAAUGACGCCACACUGGCCCCUUUGCACUCAAUAGGAACCAAAUUUGGAUUCACCCUAGCAUACGCAACGAUCUUUUUGAUCGCGCUCUUCGGCAAUUCUGUUGGGCUGUAUGUGGUGAGUGCAAAAGCACCUUCGAAACGAAUUACUUAUCUGCUGAUCAAGAACUUGGCAGUUGCUGACCUAAUUCUAACCCUGACAGUGAUGCCAAACUCUGUUUGGUUCAUGUAUUUCGAUCAUAACCGCUGGUUUGGUGGAACAAUGGGAACUAUCACGUGUAAACUUAUAUUCUAUGCCAUCCCUGUCUCCAUCGCCGCUUCCGUAAUAACAUUGACUAUUAUCUCCAUCGAUCGCUUCUUUGCUAUCUUUUUCCCUUUAAAGCUAACUUUGUUCCACAAACAUAAAACCAUCACUAUGGUUAUAUGGUUCGUCUCAUUACUCGCUGUUACACCAUACCUAUUGUUGUUCAAAGUUAGCAAGCCUGGAGACUAUUAUGUUUGCCAACCCGAAUGGCCAUGGUCCAAGGAUCCCAAGGAAACAUAUCUCGUCAUAAGAGCUUUUCACAUUUUCGGCUUUAUUGCCUUUUAUGCACUUCCACUGUUAAUAACAGCUGUAGUCAACUGCCUCAUUGCACGUAGAGUCUGGUUUCACAAGUAUCCAGGCAAUGCCACCAGUUUCAACAAAACCUUGACAGAAGCAGCGAGGCGAAAAGUCGUCAGAAUGUUAACUAUCAUCGUUGUCGGUUUCGCCCUAUGCUGGUUACCUACCUACGUAAAUCACUACUUCAUGUAUUUUCAGCCAGCUGUUUGGGAAAAGACUCCCAUCGCGAUCUGGAAUUUCAAUUUUUGGCUGGCGCAUGCAAACAGUGCGAUAAAUCCUCUCUUUUACAUCGCUUUAAACAGAAGCUUUCGUAACGCAUUUCUGGAUACUACGGCUGUGCUAUUCGCAUGUCCUAUUCGUGUUGCAAAUCAUUGCAUAGCCUGGUUUGCAGAGGAAUCAUCAGCAUCGUACCUUUCCCAAGAAACGGAACAUGUUGCACGACACAGACAGUGGAAUGGUUUCCGCUCUUCAGGUAGUAGGUCACUUGGUCGAAACGGCACUGGAAGGACCCUUGAAACCAAGCUGUAAUCCUUUAGAGCAAUAAUAACUAUAAUCUCCGUCUAGGUUAUAUCUUAGUUUUAGAUACCUAAGUCAGAAAUACAAUAUCGUUAGCAUAUUGGACUCUUUAGAAAUUUCAAUCACAAGUAUGAUUACACGCCAAAUUGGACGACACGAAGAUCUGUUACCAAUUAAUCAUAGCCAAUGUAUUUUUCAAAAACACUUUUUUGUGGAUGAAUUGUUAAUACCAAAUAUCCCGAAUUAGGAAAAUAUCACUGGUACAGAGUGUAAUCCCACAAUUCGUUCAUUUUGGAAAAUCCCAGUUUGGUAGAGUAAGUGGUUGUUGCUAUGGUUACUGUGAUAAAAAUUCUGUGAUUGGUGGAUUUAGCUGAGUGCACUUGAUAUGACCGGCUGAUGUAACUGUUCAAUCACAAGUGACCGAUUACAACCCUACGCAAUAAUUAGCGAAAAAUAAAGCAGUAAAUGCCUCAAUCAUAUUUCAGGAAAUGCAGUGGUCUGCAUUAAUGGUCUGUUUGAGCAAAAAUGGCUAGUUCUUCGUUUACUGCCUUGUCAAAACAUCGCAAUGUUAUCCAAAGGUAAUUGCUUUUAAGGGUGAAAUUCAAUCAUCUCAGCUUGCAGAGGUCAGCGCUUAGUAAAGAUCAAAAGGACAGUAAAUAUGUGAAACAAUUUCUGAAAAUUUUAUUGGCGACCACUUUACAGAAUUCUUCAUAACUUUAAG